AUGAACAACACAAGUCGUCUGCUUAGUCUCCCGCCCGAACUACGAGGUACCAUUCUCAGCCACCUCUUCGAUCAGCAAAAGAUCUACCACCAGAGGACCCCAUCACAUCGACGCCUACGCUGCUCACAAGCCGACAAAGACGACACCAGAGGCAUUCUCCAGGUCUGCCGCCUACUUAGAAUCGAAGCGACUCCUGUAUUCUACCGAAAGAACGUUUUGGUGUUCCGCACCUCCGACGAUGUCGUGGAGUACAUCCUCGACAGCGGCAUCAUCCCCUGCAUCAAGGCCAACAUCACCAAACUGGCGAUCGACCUCGGCGAUAUCAAGUGCUCCGAGCAUGUCAAAACAAGUCACCUCAAGGCCAUCGCGUAUGCCACAAGCAACCUCCCACGACUCGAAUGGCUGGAAACGCGCAUCUACGCACGCACCGACUGCGAGAUGUACUACCGAAACUUCAUGCUGGUCAAUGAACAAUGGAAGGCCCUGAAAUCCGUGUACGAAGCAGGCCCCAAUGACUACAAACUUCAAGUUCGCUCACGUUCAGUACUGGAGAAAAUAGCUCCGUUGUACAGCGCCCACCUGGAAUGUCUGAGAGCACAGGGGAUGAAGAUGUCCCUGCGCAACGCCCGAUAUGUGUACUGGAAGGAAAAGGGGUCACCACCAGCAAACGCGGCAGGACUGAAGGAGUGCCAUCUUCUGCUCAACAAAGGCGAGGCGAAAGAAUGUGUGCUAUUCGGCACGGGGGUGACGGAGCGGAUGCGGUUGGUGGGAGCGAUGCCUAUCGAUGACAGGACUUUGCUGGAUUGUGAUGCGUGGAAGGAGCGCUGGCCUGCACGACACCUGAUUCCCGACGCUAACUCUAGUGGCGGGUGA